UUAUCUUCAAACGAUAGAAAUCACUAUCACAGGUCACCAUCUUGAUUUUAUAGUUCCAAAAUUCAAAAAGUUGUCUGACACGGUCAUGCUCGUUGAAUUUUAGUGACAAAACAUUUCUACAAACGCAAUGAUGUGUAUUUCAUGAUAAUAACAAGGUUCUACAUAACAGCAAAUUUCACGUGAUGGACCCAGACCCUCUUGAAUUUGAGGACUCGACCACAUCGACAUCAUCGGACGAAGACGUCGACACUCGCGUUUACGAGUCAAACGACCACUUUAUCCUGGAACUUCACAAUCUGAAGCGAGACUCGUCUAAUACUAACGCAAAUCCGAAUCAGGAGCAAAGACCUAAGAAGCUUCGGAAGAAGAAGAAGAACAAGGAGCCAAGUAAAGCCAAGACUUCCUCCAGUAGCCUUUCAGCGGAGUCCUUAAGGGCUCCUCACAGCGACCCCAAUAAAGAAGAGUUCUAUGAUGCCCAUGAAAGUUAUCAUGGAUUACAACCUCAACCACAAUCGAUAACAACUCAACAAGUGACAGCUCAGCCGGUGCCAAAUCAGAAUGCUGAUCCAAAAGCGAUGAUUCCGGCGGUUUUGACUGCUGCACAAGCUGAUGUAGAGCCUCGCACCGCUAUCUCGAAACCAGUCAACCUUCCACCGUAGCAACAUUGACCAAAGAACUAGAAACCUAAAGUUUUAUCAUCAUCAGAACAUUGGCAGCAUUUUUAUACCAGUCUCACAAGUCAAUACACAUCGUUGCUGCAAACAUAAUACCAAGAAAUCUAAAAGAAAUGUGAAAAUAAAGAAUAUAACAACGU